AUGUACACGUUGGUGCCUCUGUUCAAGACGCUUCCGCCGGACACAUGGUACGACAUCCCUGUCAAGGAUGGCCUCUACAGUCGAUUCCAACUGGUAGGGUUUCCCGACGUUGACGCUCGUCGACUUGCACAGUUAGAGAGCGGUCAGAUGCACCUCACUCGAUUUCUGGGUAAGAUGACGACUGUGGAUGUAGACAUCAAACGGUUUGCCCAUUACUCGGCGCGGAUUAAGAACCUCCACUGGACCACCUUGGAUGAUAUCGCCAUUCCGACGCUGCUGCAUGUUAUUGGGAAGUGGUCAUCUCCCGGUGGUUCUCUUCCUAACCUGCGUUCGCUCAAGUGGACAUUAUACAAUCACGAAGUUAACUGCUUGGUUCUCAAACUGCCCGGUCCCGCCAUACGGUCAAUUGAAUUGUCCCACAUAGAUUCCAAAAUGUCUUCACGUGCGCUCACAGGGACGAACGUCUUUCUCGAUCACAUGCAACUCGACCAACUGGUACUUAAUGGUUCUUCCAGAAAUCCAACAGCGGAGGACACAAUUAUACAGCUCGUGCGGGCCACGAGCGUGCUUCAGAAGGUGUCUUUUGCGAAUAUAUCAAUGACAGUCACUGCUAUAUGUGCUCUCGCUGUGUUGCCGUCUCUGACGUGGGCUCGGUUCUGCGUGCGCUCUGAGGACCUCAGGACUGCUGUGAUACCUCGUGGAUUUUCCCAUCUACAGCAUCUCUACAUCACGCCGGACACGCUAGGGAUCGGGACACUCAAUUUGCUCAAGAGUCUCCAAUCACCAUUGCAGCGGCUCGUUCUAGAACCGGUGUCUUGUCCAUUCGCGAGCGCAUUCCACGAGCACCUCAAGUUCCUCGCUCUGUCGCCAUUCAUGUACACCCUGCUUGAACUUUGGUUCGAGGUUCGCUGCAAAGGGCUAAAUCACGAGCACCCCGUCGUCGACAACGUGAAACCAUCGCUCGCCUUCUUCAAGAUAACAUCUGUGGAGCUGGCGCCGCUGCUGAAUAUGGGACAGCUAACGCGCUUGUCAAUCCGUUCACCUCAUCUCGCAGUGGACGCGCCCUUCCUGGCUCGCCUUGCAGUCGCGCUCCCGGUGAUCGAGAGGCUGCACGUCGGACAUGGUAACAGUUUCUCCUCGGAGACCCGGCCCCCCGUCAACCCACGAGCAGACAGAAGCACGUUCAUCCCGCUUUCCAGCCUGCUGCCCUUUGCGGAACACUGCCUUCAUCUGCGCGAAGUGGGCUUCGACAUUAAUGCGGAUGAACAGGCUGUCGAUUCCGCUGCGAUGCCCAGAGACGCGUGGCUGUCGCGCUCCAAGGUGCGCCAGCUGUGCGUGUACAGGGGACAUAUUACCGAUGCGACAAUCGCCCUGCGGUACUUGCGGCACUUGUUCCCCCAACUUCGGGCGUUGAGUCACACCUGGAACGAGUGGCCGCGGAUUCCAUUGUUGCUUCGCGGUAAGCAGACGAAACGUUGGUCGGAAGUCUCGCGUGCGUUAUCUGCUGGACAAAGCGCUUCCGCCACCAGUGCCACCGAGGGCGGAGUAGUAUGGAACUAG